AUGGAGCAGAUCACUGAAAAGGUCUUCAAGUACAAGGACUACAACUUCCCCCUGGGGUUUGUGACCCCGGAGUACAUCGAUUCACUCCAGACCUUCGAGACCCGGGACAGCGAUGUGUUCCUUGUCACCUACCCGAAGUCUGGUACGAUAUGGACUCAGCAGAUCAUCAUCUCCAUCUGCGAACUGGACGGCGGUCUGAACGAGUAUGCCAACAAUUACCAGCAGAUGGUGUGGCUGGAGUAUAAGAUGAAAGAGGAGGAUUUCUCCCUCCGACCUUCACCUCGCCUCUUCACCUCCCACCUUCCACCUCGCCUCAUGCCUCCAGGCCUGAAGGACAAGAAAACCAAGAUCAUUUAUGUGAUGCGAAACCCAAAGGACGUCGUGGUGUCAUAUUUCCACUUCGGCCAGUCCUUCACACCACUGGACACCCCCAAGAGCUUUGGGGCCUUUCUGGAGCAGUAUUUGGCAGGAAAUGUUGGAGCAUCGUCAUGGUUCGACCACAUCAGAGCCUGGUACUUGAACAGAGACCAGUACAACAUCCUCUUCCUCACCUAUGAGGACAUGAUUCUGGACCUGAAGGGGGCGGUCACUAAGAUCUGCAGGUUCUUGGGGAAGAACCUCAGUGACGAAGGCAUCGAUCAAGUCGUAGAAAAAGCUACGUUCAAGAACAUGAAGAAAGACUCCAAGGCCAAUUAUGAGUUUUUAAGAAGGGACUGGUUCAGCGGUGACUUCAUGCGUAAAGGUCAGAUCGGUGACUGGAAGAACAUGCUCACUGUGGCUCAGAGUGAACGAGUCGAUCGGAUGCUUCAGGAGAAACUUGGAGACACUGGUCUGAAGUUCAUCUGGGAAUAAGAACAGCAGCAGCUGAAGACGUGGCCUCGACUCCACUGAUUCUUUCCUUUAUUCAUCAUGUUUUCUCUCCAAUCCAACACCUCUCACUCUGAGUUCCAGUGUUCGUUACUGAUUAGAUGCAGAUUGGACACGUUGGUAAAGAUUAAACCCUCAUUUCCAACUUUUGUAUUUUCUGACGUCUUUGUA